AUGGCAAAAAUCACAGGUGAAGCAUCUCCCGCGGAUGUCAAACACGUUGAAAUCAAUGGAACCACUCUCGCCUAUCGUGAGUCUGGUGUGGGCGAGCCACUGGUCCUCGUCCACGGCCAUAUUUCCGACUUUCGCACUUGGACACAAUUAGAAGCCAAAUUACGCACCAAAUUUCACGUUUACAGCUACAGCAGGCGAUUUGCAUGGCCCAAUGAGAAAAUAAAAGAUGGUGAAGGCCAAUCAUGGGAACAAGACUCGCUCGACCUUGCUGGAUUCAUCGAGACUCUAGACAUUGGUCCCGUCCACGCAUUAGGGAACUCGUCAGGUGCGACCGCGAUUCUGUAUCUAGCAAGAACGAAGCCGCAUUUGUUCCAAACACUGUUACUGGAGGAGCCACCGCUCAUCACGCUAUUCCUUCCAUCCUUACCGCCUUCUGCGCUGUCUGUUUUGAAGUUCCUCAUCUCGCAUCCGAUAUCGUUCUUGCCCGUCAUGAUUUACGGCGGUACAACAAUUGCGCCUGCAAUUGAACUUUCGAAACAAGGAAAGUAUGAGGACGCACUGUCCACUUUUGGAAGCGGUUGCUUGGGGCCCAAAUAUUGGCCUCGAGCAUUGGCAGAUGCUGAAAGAAACAAAUGGACCGAGGACAACUCGCUUUGGCUGUGUCACUUCAUGCGCUACAAUGAGCUCCCGAACUAUACGCCGGAGGACGCGAAGAAGAUCGCCAUUCCGACUCUGCUUCUCACCGGUGCGGAUGGUCCCUAUUUCCAGCAGUGUAUCUGUGCUGAGAUGCUGAGGUUGUGCGGAGCGAAGAAGAAAACGGAGGUCAAGAUUCAGGACGCUGGUCAUCUGAUGCAUGAGGAUAAUCCGCAGGGAGUCUACGAAGCAAUUAUAGAAUUCCUGGGGGCUUCCUAA